AUGGCUCAGUCUACAUUUGUCCUGCCCGGCCCACCCGCUUCUGCCUCCCUUCACCAUAAUGCUGGCUCCAUCUCACCCGACCAGCAAAACCUGUCUCGGCCCAACGGACCAGAAGCUACCCAAACUUCUCAUCAUCCCGAUGAUCCCAAAGGUAUUAUCACCAAUGUCCAAGGGAUUGUGCCUACCCUUCAAAACAUUGUUGCCACGGUCAAUCUUGAAUGUCGGCUUGAUCUCAAAACCAUUGCUCUUCAUGCCCGAAAUGCGGAAUAUAAUCCAAAGCGUUUUGCUGCCGUCAUCAUGCGGAUCCGAGAGCCCAAAACAACGGCAUUGAUCUUUGCUUCAGGAAAGAUGGUGGUGACCGGCGCAAAGUCUGAAGACGACUCACGGCUAGCAGCUCGGAAGUAUGCUCGGAUUGUCCAGAAGCUUGGCUUCGAAGCCAAGUUCACCGAGUUCAAGAUUCAAAACAUUGUUGGAAGUUGCGACGUUCGCUUUCCAAUUCGUUUGGAAGGUCUGGCCUACAACCACGGGCACUUCUCAUCGUAUGAGCCCGAGCUCUUUCCUGGGCUUAUCUAUCGCAUGGUCAAGCCGAAGGUGGUUCUGCUAAUAUUCGUGUCCGGUAAAAUCGUCUUGACUGGGGCUAAGGUGCGCGAGGAAAUUUACCAAGCCUUUAACAACAUCUAUCCCGUCUUAUCCGAGUUCCGCAAACCUUAG